AGUGUUGCCUUGGUGUAGGCGAGUGUGAUGUGCAUGCACAGGCACAGGUCCUUGGAUUUGGAACAUUUUCGUAAAGGUUGCUCUGCUUGCUCCUAGAUCCUGACGGUUUUGGUAUUCCUUGCCAAAUAUCGGUAACUACCUCGCAGGAGUCAGUCACAGACAGAGAAUUUGAAGACGUGUGGCCUCGCUGCGCUGUCAGAUCAACUGCACUUUCCAACCGCUAAUCGAAGCUAGCUGUCUUGCAGGCGAGAGCAAGGAUGAAUCCGCGAUGUGCACGAUGCUCCAAGACCGUCUAUCCGGUCGAAAAAUUAAAUUGCCUUGACAAGACCUGGCACAAAGGUUGUUUCAACUGUGAAGUAUGUCAGCUGAAACUGACCAUGAAGACCUACAAAGGAUACAACAAGCUGCCCUACUGCAACACGCACUACCCAACAACCAAGUUCACAGCGGUAGCCGACACACCAGAGAAUCUUCGCCUGAAGGGCCAGACGGACAACCAGAGCCAGGUGAAGUACCAGUCUGGUUUCAAAGAGAACCUGAAGCAAUUCCACUCGGUGGCAAACGAACCUGAGAUGGAGCGAGCACGAAUGGUACAGAAGCAAGCCAGUGGUACGGCCUACACGGCUUCACACAGAGCUGAAGCAGCUGCAGUUGAUGAGCAGCGAAGCCAGCCGUCCUACCAGCCCCAGCACCAACAGCACCACCAGCAACCACAACCUGUGGUGCCGAUGCCCAGCCAGGCUCCAGUACCAGCUGCUGCAGCACCACCUCCAGUAGCUAAGAGCAAUGUCAAGCGCUGGAGAGCCCUGUACGACUACAGUGCGGCAGAUGAAGACGAGGCUGGCUUCAACGAAGGUGAUUUCAUCCUUAACGUUGAUGUGAUUGACGAGGGUUGGAUUAGUGGAACCGUGGAGCGCACCGGACAGAGUGGUAUGAUGCCGCGUAACUAUUUUGAGGAGGUCUAAAUGUUGGCAGUUACAUAGAGUACAAGAGCAAAGGAAGUAGUAACUGUUUGCAUAUAUUGCCAGCAGCCCCUCCCCUGAGUCAGCAAGUCGCUAUGCUUCUGCGUAUUGGUUUCGUUUCUCCCUCGCAUUCCACCACAUCGCAUCCCCAUCAUUUUUCUUGUAGGAUUUUUUUCUGACUGUGAAAUCGUGCCCGACAUACUAGCAAUCCUAUUUCCAUGCCAUCUCUCGCGUCGUCAUGUGUAGCAGCAUUGUGAGCUGUCGGUCAGCAACAGAUGUGCCGUGUCAUUUCUAUGCCAGUUCGAUUUCUUAUGUUAGCCACAUUUCGGCCAAUCCCCGGCUGGCACUUUCCUGGUUUUGAACGUGCCGAGGUGUGUACACUUUCCAAUCGGUUCUUUUUUCCCUUUUCAUACCAUAUUAUGUAGUGGAAGUAUAACACUGCGAUUCCAAGGGGAUACAUGAUGAGAUUUACUGAGCGACUGGCUGUGACCAGGUAAUCCCGGUGCAUGUACUACUGAACUGUGGCCAGUGACACGCAUAUAGCAACAUGCACUCAAAGGUCUUGUAAGUUAGCAUGGAUCAUGUCGUUCUGCCUUGGAUGUCGGUCUGCCUUGGAUGCCGUUCUGCUUUCGAUGCCAACCACUCUCUGACUACUGCACUGGCCGUCAUCACGCUGGUUGCAUAAUGAGUGCUGCGUGCCGGUAUCACCCCUUCUGGCACGGUUUUGAUUCUUCACUGCUGUGCAUUCCCCAAGCUCAGUGUAAUUGCUUUGCUAUGUCACGGCGGUGGACAUGCUGUCACGAUCGUCCUCGCAGUCUCGGCGGCAGUUUCCACGUGUAUCGUUCUAUUCGAAACUGUCUCAUUUUCUUGUUCACUUUGACUUUCGAUCUGA